AUGUUGGCGUCUCGCGUCCUGUUCUCCAAGAACGCCGCGGCUGCUGUCCUGUCUCUGCAGCCGGCACGCUUUGCCCACCAGGGGGACAACUGGGGCAACUGGGGACACACCAACGUGGCGCUGGUGUACUCUGGCUGUGGCUGGUGGGACGGCACAGACGUGCACGAGGCGACAUACACUAUGUAUCAUCUGAGUCGUAACGGUGCUCGCUUCCAGCUGUUCGCUCCCAACCAGCAGCAGAUGCACGUAGUGGACCACAGCAAGAAGCAGACAGCAGCCGGAGAGAACAGGAACAUGCAGGUUGAGUCGUGGAGGUUCCUCCAUAACCAUCUGGGUCAGCUGCAGGUUCAGGACCUCUCCAGACUGGACGUCAACUCCUACGACGCGCUCAUCUUCCCUGGGGGGCACGGAGUACUCAAGAACCUGUCCUCCUAUAGUAAGGAUGGUAAGGACUGUAAGCUGCAUAGCGACGUGGAGAGAGUCCUGAAGGAAUUCCACAAGAACCGCAAACCCAUCGGGUUGUCCAGCAUGGCUCCUCUGCUUGCGUGUCGCGUGUUGCCAGAUCUGGAGGUGACGAUGGGUUACGAGCGGGACGAGAGCUCGCGCUGGGGGAUGUGGCCCAAUACCCAGCUGGUGCAGGCCGUCAAGAGCAUGGGGGCGCGACACAACACCCGCGAGGCAUACGAGGCGUAUUGUGAUGAGAAGAAUCGUGUGGUGAGCACCCCGAGCUUCAUGUGGGAGACGGACUUCCACUACCACUACAUACACGACGGCAUCGGCAGCAUGGUCAAGCACCUGCUCAGGAUGACCUCCAAGUGA